AUCCAAAAGAAAAAGAUCGUCAUCGCUGACAACACGAUGGACGGUGCUCAAAUCACAACGUGUAUAAAUACGAGCUAAAUUCCCUUUUGUAUGAAUCUAGACUCUGCACUCCCAUUCAUAUCACUACAUUUCUAACCAUCACCCCAUAAACCCGUUGAACAACAUCUUCGAAUCAAUGGCCACCACUGUAGGCGCUCAACCAAUUCGUCCUCCUCCGUUAUCUCCAACUUCCGAACAACCGCCUCUUUUUGACGGAACCACCAGGUUGUACACCAGUUAUAUUUGUCCCUUUGCGCAACGUGUAUGGAUCGCUAGGAAUUAUAAGGGACUUCAAGACAAGAUCCAAUUGGUUCCUUUUGAUCUUCAAAAUAGACCUGCAUGGUAUAAGGAAAAAGUAUACCCUGAAAAUAAGGUGCCAUCUUUGGAGCACAAUGGCAAGAUAUUGGGAGAAAGUCUUGGUUUGAUCAAAUAUCUUGAUGCUAACUUUGAAGGAACGCCUCUCUUUCCCACUGAUCCUGCCAAGAAAGAGUUCGGUGAACAGUUGUUAUCCCAGGUUGAUACCUUUGUCAAAGACUUUUUCAAUGCAUUAAGAGGAGAUACUGUGCAACAGUCCCAUCCUGCUUUUGGAUUCUUGGAGAAUGCUCUUGGUAAAUUUGAUGAUGGACCAUUCCUGCUGGGUCAAUUCAGUUUGGUGGAUAUUGCCUACAUUCCUUUUGUUGAAAGAUUCCAUGUUGUUCUUGUUGAGGUGUUCAAGCACGACGCCACAGAAGGAAAACCUAAACUUGCAAAAUGGAUUGAGGAGUUGAACAAGAUUGAUGCUUAUACACAGACAAGAGAGGAUCCUCAGGAAAUCGUCGAUCUUGUCAAGAAGCGUUUUAUGCCUCAGAAGUGAUAGAUGAAUUGAAGCAGCCUUCCUUUGAGAUAUUUAAAUAAAGUAUUGUUGUAUCAUGGGAUGCAUCUUUAGGCAAUUAAUAUUGGUUUGUUUAGUCUUAGGAUUUAUGUCAUAGUUAUGUUUUAGUUCUAGUUUGCUUGUUUGGUGUUUCUUGUAAUGAUGUUUAUGUACCAGCUUGUGAUCACUUAUCAGAUGGUGAAGCACAAACAGCCAUUUCAAAUAAAAUAAACGCCCUCUUCAUCUUAAAAAAUAUAAAUUUGUAAUUUAUAUCUAUUCUAAACUAUUUAUUAUUUAUAUUA